AGCUGCGCCCCACGCACGCUGCGAGGUUCCCGGGCAUCGCAGCUGCCAGUCAAGGCGAGGAGGCGGCCAGGGCUCCUCCUCCUUCCGACCCAGAGGUCUGGGAGCGCGAGUCCGCUUGCAAGCCUGCAAAGUGUGAAGCUGUCAGUCGCAGAGUGCGGAGGAAGCGCGAGAGAGAAUGAACCGGCUCCUCCUCCCCGGUGUGCGCGCAGCCGGGGCUGGCGGUGCGCGCCAGGGGGACUGUUGAGAAGCCCGGGGCCGAGGAUCACGGGUCUCCUGCCAGGGAUUUAGGAGACUGAAGACAGGCUGAUGGGCUCAAUUGGUAGACUUCACUGUCUCACCAUGACUGCCGAAAAUCCCAUGCCUGGAGACCUGGCUCUAGCUCCUCUCGUCACUUGCAAACUUUGCCUGUGUGAACAGUCUCUGGACAAGAUGACCACGCUCCAGGAAUGCCAGUGCAUCUUUUGUACAGCUUGCCUGAAACAGUAUAUGCAGCUGGCAAUUCGAGAAGGAUGUGGGUCUCCCAUCACUUGCCCUGACAUGGUGUGCCUAAACCACGGGACCCUGCAGGAAGCUGAGAUUGCCUGUUUGGUACCUGUGGAUCAGUUUCAGCUUUAUCAGCGGUUAAAGUUUGAACGAGAAGUUCACCUGGACCCCUACCGAACAUGGUGUCCUAUUGCAGAGUGUCAGACAGUAUGCCCAGUUGCGUCGAGUGACCCAGGACAGCCUGUGCUGGUGGAAUGCCCUUCUUGCCACCUGAAAUUCUGUUCAUGUUGCAAGGAUGCUUGGCAUGCAGAAGUCUCCUGUAGAGACAGUCAGCCUGUUGUCCUGCCAACAGAACAUGGGGCCCUCUUUGGAACAGAUGCAGAAGCUCCCAUUAAGCAAUGCCCAGUUUGCCGGGUUUAUAUUGAACGCAAUGAAGGCUGUGCUCAGAUGAUGUGUAAAAACUGCAAGCACACGUUUUGCUGGUACUGUCUCCAGAACCUGGACAAUGACAUUUUCCUUAGACAUUAUGACAAAGGACCAUGCAGGAAUAAACUCGGCCAUUCAAGAGCAUCGGUAAUGUGGAACCGAACACAGGUGGUGGGGAUUCUUGUAGGCUUGGGCAUCAUUGCCUUGGUAACUUCACCUUUGUUACUCCUGGCUUCCCCAUGUAUAAUCUGUUGUGUUUGCAAGUCCUGUCGGGGCAAGAAGAAAAAGCAUGAUCCAUCCACAACCUAAAGGUCUUUGUGUUCACAUGCCACAGAUGUCUGAGUUGUAUGAGACAGCACAGUGAUAAAGCCCCACUUAGUGACCUUGCCUCCUCCUCCUUGCCAAACUUUGGAAGUGCCUCCGUGUCCAGACUUUGAACCUGCCUACCAGCCUUCAGCAUUGGAAAAGGCUGAGUCCCGGGUGUGAGUGUUCCUGUAUGACAAGAACUGAGCUUUGCAGUCCGGGCUAUGUCUAUGGAAGAUGUUGAGAGAUUUGGGUUGCUUGGGAAGAAUGAACACAUCAUCAUUUUAUCAUCCAAGGGAUCCCACUGGACUAUUAAACUUCCAGCCAAAUUAAAGGAGCCUGAGUGAACAUUCAAUAUAAUAAAUGUGUUGUCAUGAUUGGCAACGUAAAAGAUAACUGAGAAGCCAGAGUCUGUUCUGUGUUGAUUUGAUCACCACAACAUGAUAAGGGGAAGCACGAUAAGGAGGGAAAGGAUAAGACUGUGUAAGGAGAAAUCCUCAUAAGAGCUAUAAAAUAGGCUGUUUAUCUUUGGAGCUGAUAUGGUGCUGGCUACGGGGUGUGCUGUUCCCAGCAUUCCCACAAUGACUUGGGAAACUAGCAGAAACACAAUAGGUUUCUCUCUGUGUGAUCUCAGCUUCAAGCAGGAGAAACUGCUACGCAGAGGGAGUUGUCCCUUCCCAGUAAAAGGGUUGCAGCAUGUAAAACAAUGUUGUCUGAUUUAGUGGCUCUCCCUUGGCAAAUGUAACUUUUCUAAGGUGGCCAACUUCUCUCUUAUAGCUGGUAGCUGUGGUCUACAAAAUUGUUUCAUAUGAAAUAUAGGUAGACUGGUAGGGUUCAAAACCUUCUUCAUAGAUUACAGGGAUCUUUCUUGGGCUCUGUGUUCAUAUACCCAACAGACUGGAAUUGGACCUAAGAGUAUACCCCAAGAGUAAAUAUUAAACUCCAUAUGUACAUCUAGAAUUCAGAUGACUUGCAGCCUGCCUACACUUUCUGUCCAUUGGACAUGCAUGGAUAUACCCAAUAGUACACAUAAAAUAAAUGUUUACUUAAAAGCCA